GCGCUCCGGGGCCCCUUGCGGCUGAAGGUGUCCGCCCUCGCCAUGCGGCUGAGAAGUCCUGGGCUGUUCUUCCUGCUGCUCAGCGGCCUGCAAGCUGAUAUUCAAGAAAAAGAAGUCAGAGCCAUGGUGGGCAGCGAUGUUGUGCUCAGCUGCAUGAGCCCCGAGGGGAGCAGUUUUGACUUAGAUGAUCUUUUUGUUUACUGGCAAAUCAGUGAAACAACGGCAGUGACUUACUUCUUGCCGGAGAACAAAUCCUUGAGCCACGUGGACAGCCGCUACCGGGACCGUGCCUGGCUAUCACAGGCCGGCAUGAGGCAGGGUGACUUUUCCCUGCACCUGUCCAACAUCACCCCCCACGAUGAACAGAAGUUCAACUGCCUGGUGUUCAGGAAAUCCUUAAAGUUAAAUCAGGUCUUGAAAGAAGUGAUCAGGCUGCAUGUGGCAGCAAACUACAGCAUGCCCGUGGUCAGCACCCCCAGCAGCCCCUCCCAGGAUGAGGAGCUCACCUUCACAUGCACAUCCACCAAUGGCUACCCGAGACCAAAUGUGUACUGGAUCAACAAGACUGACAACAGUCUGCUGGACAAGGCUUUGCAGAAUGACACCAUGACCUUGAACGAGCGGGGCUUGUAUGAUGUGGUCAGCAUCCUGAGGAUCCCACAGACCCCCAAUGUAAAUGUUGGCUGCUGCAUAGAGAACGUGCUUCUGCACCAAAACCUGACUGUCAGCAGUCAGACAGAAACUUCCCCUGGAACCAAAGACAAGGUCACAGAGAACCCAGACAAUUCCCCCAAGGAGAAAAACGUGGCCGUUUUCAGUGUCCUGGCUGUUUUGUGUGUGUUGGCGGCCGUGGCUGUAGGCUGGAUAUGCAAGGGCAAAUGUUCCCGCGGAGGCUAUACAGGUGCCUGGGCUUCAAGGCGAGAGCUGGAGCUCACCGCACCCCAUGGGGGUGUCUACAGUAGCCAGACACCAAUUGCUUCUCUGGGUCACAGCAGUGGUUGCUGUGACUCUCGGGUGGCCCGGUGGAGGGGGUGUGUGCUCACAGUCCUGUGA